AGUUGCAGUCAUCGUCCUCACUUGCUCACACACCAUGUUUUCUUCUAACACCUUCACCACUCCGCAUCCUCCUUGCCUCAGCAGUUUCAGGCCCUCUUCUUCCUCCAAACGUCGCUUCUCCAUCAAAACCCUCGCCACCGGCGGAGCAGGAGGGAACACCGGCGGCGGAGGCCGAGGAAACACCAGCACCGGUGGCAGCGGCGAAGGUUCAUUCUGGUCGAGGCUUCUCUCUCCUGCAGCAUCCGCUCUCUCCGACGAACCGGAACCACGUGAAUGGGAUUCGCACGGCCUCCCGGCCAACAUCGUGGUUCAGCUGAACAAACUGAGCAGCUUCAAGAGGUACAAAAUCUCAGAGAUCGCAUUCUUUGACCUUGUCCGAAAAGCGAACGUUGGAAAGGAGGAUUCGUUUUCGGAGAUGGUGAGGCUCCGUGCCGGAAGCGUGUAUACCAAGGCACAGCUCCAGACGGAGCUGAAAACCCUAGCUUCAUGCGGAAUGUUCGAGAAAGUCGAAAUGGAGGGAAAAACCAAAGCAGACGGGUCAGUAGCCUUGACCGUAUCGUUCAAGGAGAAAACGUGGCCGUCAGCGGAACAGUUCCGUUGCAUUGCGAUAACGGAGAGGUUGGAGGAUGAUUACCUAAGGAAAGUUGAAAACCCUAGGCCUUGUCUUUUGCCUAUGACGGUGCAACGUGAUAUCGUGGACAUGCUUAUUCGGAGUCGGGGGACGAUGAGUGCCAGGUUGUUGCGGAGGAUAAGUCACACUGUCCAUAAGUGGUACAACGAUGAAGGGUAUCUUUGGGCGAAUGUGGUUAAUUUGGGGAAGCUUGAUAUGGAAGAGAUUGUUUGUGAGGUUGUGGAAGGGGAUAUUACUAAGUUGAGUAUUCAGUUUCUGGAUAAGUUUGGCAAUGUUGUUGAAGGGAACACUCGGAUUCCUGUUGUGCAAAGGCAAUUUCCCAUGCAUUUUCAGCCAGGGUACGUUUAUAACAAUGAGGUUGGGAAGCAAGUUUUGAGGAACUUGUAUUCGCUCGGGUUGUUUUCCAAUGUGGAAGUGAAACCGUUGCCUGAUGUGGGAGGAGUAGUUGUUGAGGUUAAUCUUACAGAGAAUGACCACAAAAACGUUGCUCUUGAUACUGAGUGGAACAUUGUCCCUGAAGGAAGAGAGUUUCCGAUUUUGGAUUCGGUCCACGUGGGAGGGACUGUUAGAUUAAACCAUCGGAAUUUGCAAGGGAUGAAUAGAUCUUUUCAUGCUUCAGUGACAACUAACAACAUCUUCAAACCUCAGGAUGACCUUUCAUUUAAGUUCGAGUAUGAACAUCCAUAUUUGGAUGGUGUACAUAAUCCAAGGGACCGUACUCUCCGUGUGAGCUGUUUCAAUAGCAGAAAGGUGAGCCCGGUAUUCACUGGGGGAACAUGGAUAAACAAUGUGCCUCCAAUAUGGGUGGAUCGUGCUGGCAUUAAAGCCAAUAUCACAGAGAUAGUUUUCCCACAAUUCUUGUUUUGGCUGUUAGGAGGUAUUAAAGCCAAUAUCACAGAGAAUUUCACACGCCAGAGUAAAUUCACUUAUGGAUUAGUCAUGGAAGAGAUAACAACGCGUGAUGAGAGGCGUGAUAUCCGUGCCAAUGGUCUAAGAGUUUUGCCUAGAGGAAGAUUUAGUGCAGGAGGACUACCAACCACCCUCAGUGGUACUGGUACCGACAGGAUGGUAGUUUUACAAACAAAUAUUACUUGUGAUAGCACAAUGUCUGUGAAUGGAACUAUAGUUGGUAACAGGAGUGUGUUCCAGAUAGAUCAGGCCAUUGGCAUUAGCACCCAGUUAUCGUUCUCUAAUCGUCACCAGUUAACUAUGACUCAAUUUAUCCAGUUGAGGUCUACGGAGGAAGGGGCUGGUAAACCACCACCACCGGUGCUUGUCCUUCAUGGCCACUAUGGUGGUUGUGUAGGUGACCUUCCAAGUUAUGAUGCUUUUACCCUUGGGGGCCCUUAUUCUGUAAGGGGUUUCAGAAUGGGUGAGAUUGGAGCAGCACGGAACAUCCUUGAGCUAGCAGCUGAGUUAUGGAUACCCAUCAAAGGACAAUACGUGUAUGUAUUUGCAGAACACGGCAAUGAUCUGGGAAGUUCAAAGGGUGUCCAAGGGAAUCGUACGCAAGUCUAUAGGCCGAUGGGUCAUGGGUCGUCUUAUGGUGUUGGGAUCAAGCUUGGUAUAGUGAGAGCAGAAUAUGCUGUUAAUCUUAAUUCAGGAACAGAUGCAGCGUUUUUGCAUUUUGGAGAGAGAUUUUGAGGAGCAUAUUUUGUCCUCACCAAAAUGCAAAAAUGUUGCACCUGUUCCUGAAUUAUGAUUGACAGCAUAUCUUGCUCAAACUUAUCCCAACAUCAUAAGACGACACAUGACCAUUAGCCUAUAGACUUGCGUAGGAUUCCCUUUCACAUCCUCUGAACUUCCGUCGACUAGAUAAAGAAAAAGGUCAUCAUACACCGAAUAUUAUUCUUUUUUGUU